AUGGUUAAUGAACAACUAGUUUUAGUCUUCAAAUUAAGAGAAUUACACCGAAAACGUUCACUAAAAAGGCUAAAAACCAAUUUGAAUCCCGAUGGAAAACAGAAAAUUAUAAGGUCCAAAAUAAUAAAACGAAACAGCGAAAGACCUAGAAAGAAUCCUCAUCAUCCACCACCUAUGAAACUUGAUGAACCAAUAAGUUGUGACAAUUGUAGCGAACAAUUUGAAACUAAUCUUGCAUUUGCCUAUCAUUCUUUAACGCACAAUGUAGAUGGAAAGUACUCUUGUCAUUUGUGCCAAUACCGGAGCUCCUACAGGGUAAAGAAAAAAAUAAAAAUCAAAAAAGAGCCAUCGCAGAAAAAGCCAAAGCUUGAGAAAUUCAAAAAGGAGCCCUCUCCUCUUCCUGAGUUAGUUAAAUUAGAAGAGCCUAGAAUAUGUAGUAUUUGUAAGGUAGAAUUUGAUUAUGACGUAGAUUUUGCUGUUCAUUCGAUUAAGCAUAACAAAGAUAACAAAUAUACAUGUCAUCUGUGUCCGAAUUACCAAAAUAUACGAAGGGAUAGGAUGGAGCUACACAUUAGACGUCACGAUAAAAAAUAUACACCAGAAUAUAAAUCUUUAGCUGCUGGAGUGAAAAAUGUGGGAUUGGUAACUAAAUAA